CAUAACUCCGCCUUAUUACCUGCUGUAUCCGCAGUUUUCUCCUCCUUUCCUGCUCCUCUCGUAUUAUCCGAGCCUCUUCGUUGGGACUCGGUCUUAAUCUGGACACUUUUCUCUUCAUUUUCGAGCACUUCACUGGCGGACAUUUCAACCAAAAAAGCAAACAGCAGGUUGCGGUUCAGCUAGCGGCGACGGCUAAUGUUUGCACGCUUCACUUUGUUCGCCGGCAUAACGGUUCCGUAGGACAACUUAAACUUGAAACAAGUGUUUACUAUACAAGCAAUUACCAGGCAGGACGCUUAAAGUUUUGUUUAUCAUCCGAAAUCCAUGCCAACCCAAAAAACGGACGUUUUUGAGGGUUUUUUUUGUCCUGAACGUCACAUCCGGUAGUUUAAACUGCCCGCCGUAUCUUUGCCGUCCACAUGAAAUAUUAGUUCCUAGUCAUUAUAUCUGCAUAAAAAAAACAUUUUAUGCAUUUAAACAUAAAAUACAUAAAAAUACAUCAAUAAUAUAUAUAUAUACACAAACAUUAAAUACGUAAAUAGUGCUAAAGUGACACAAAGCGUUUGAAACAGCUUCCAGCCUGAGUUCAUCACAAUCGGUGGGAGGGGGACCGUGCAGGAGUUACACUCGUUCCUGUAUUGAUGAGCCUUUCACCGCUACUGGAACAUUUAAUGCAAUACCCGAGAGUAUUCCUCUAUACCUCCAACACUAGUGAACGCCAGAGCCAAGUCUGUCAUCAUGUCUGGUGGUCCAGCGGUGAGGAUCAGCAUCGAGUCUUCCUGUGAGAAGCAGGUGCAGGAAGUGGCCCUGGAUGGGACAGAGACCUACGUCCCUCCUCUAUCCAUGUCCCAGAACUUGGCAAAGUUGGCACAAAGAAUUGACUUCAGCCAGGGAUCCGACUCAGAGGAGGAUGUUGAGGGAGAACCCAAGGACCGAGAAUGGGGCAAGCAGGAUGGAGAGGAGGAAGAAGGCACAGUAAAAUUUCAGCCGUCUCUUUGGCCCUGGGAUUCGGUGCGUAACAACCUCCGCAGCGCCCUCACAGAGAUGUGUGUACUCUAUGAUGUGCUCAGUGUGGUGAAGGAGAAGAAGUACAUGGCUUUAGACCCCGUGUCUCAGGAUCCAGCAGCUGGAAAGACACCACAGGUUUUCCAGCUGAUCAGUAAAAAGAAAUCAUUGGCCACAGCAGCUAUGAUCCUUCAAAAGGGAGCAGAGAAGCUCAGUAAGUCAGUCGCAGAGAACCAGGAGAACAGGAGGCAAAGGGAUUUCAACUCUGAGCUGCUGCGGCUGCGCUCACAGUGGAAACUACGCAAAGUUGGAGACAAGAUCCUGGGAGACCUCAGCUACCGCAGUGCAGGCUCCCUUUUCCCCCAUCAUGGCACAUUUGAAGUGAUCAAAAAUACUGACAUUGAUCUGGACAAAAAAAUCCCAGAGGAUUACUGCCCACUGGACGUCCAGAUCCCCAGUGACCUGGAGGGGUCUGCUUACAUCAAGGUGUCCAUUCAGAAACAAGCUCCUGACAUUGGUGAUCUGGGAACCGUCAGCCUUUUCAGACAACAGCAAAAGAACAAAGCUGGUACGCAGCAAUGGCACGUGAAACUGGAGGCGGCUCAGAAUGUUUUGCUCUGUAAGGAGAUCUUCGCCCAGCUGUCGAGGGAGGCAGUUCAGAUCAAAUCCCAGAUCCCUCACAUUGUUGUGAAAAACCAGAUCAUCUCACAGCCAUUCCCAGGUCUGCAGCUGUCAAUCUCACUGUGCCACUCUACGGGAGAGAAGAAAAACAACCGGGCAUCUCCAGAGAAACCCAAACCGGACGACCACCUUUACGUACUAGAACACAAUCUGCAUCAGAUGAUGAGAGAGUUUCACAAGCAGCAGCUGAGCUCUGUGGUGAUACCGCACCCUUCUAGCGCUCCCUUUGGGCACAAACGUCUGCGUUUGGCAGGGCCACUGGCCUAUGACAAGGCAGAAAUCUCCAGUUGGCAGCAGACUGAGGGGCUGCUGGAGAAGAUGAUCAAACAGGCCAAACACAUCUUCCUACGUCGCAGGUCCAUCCAGCUGCAGCUGAACAUCGGUGUGGAGCAGAUCAGGGUGGUGCACAGAGAUGGACGUGUGGUCACGCUGUCACACCAGGAACAGGAGCUGCAAGACUUUCUCCUCUCACAGAUGUCGCAGCAUCAGGUACAUGCAGUUCAGCAGCUGGCUAAGGUGAUGGGCUGGCACGUCCUGAGCUUCAGUAACCAUGUAGGUCUGGGCCCAGUGGAGAGCAUCGGAAAUGCCUCCGCGGUCACUGUGGCCUCUCCCAACGGAGAGUACGCCAUCUCAGUACGUAACGGCCCAGAGAGCGGGUGCAAAGUUUUGGUGCAGUUCCCUCGCAGCCAGAUCAAAGAGCUGCCAAAGAGCGACGUCAUCCAGGACGCCAAGUGGAGCCACCUCAGAGGGCCGUACAAAGAGGUCCACUGGAGCAAGAUGGAGGGCCGAAACUUUGUCUACAAGAUGGAGCUCCUCAUGGCGGCGCUGACUCCCUGUCCUUAGGUGCUGACUCUGUCUGCUGACUCCUCCCACACACAAAA